UUCUUGUUUUACAAAUAUUUCAAAAAAAUUCGAGUUUUCGGCCUGCGGGUUACGCAACGCGGGAUCUAUCGCGCAUCUGCAUCUGCGUCCGCUGAUGGUCGCUGUGCCGGUUCACGGACGGGCCAAUUCAGCCAAUUUACUUGAUUCCCUCGGCGCUGCCACAAUGGACCGCCGACGUGGCCCCUAUAGUGUGGCCGUACUCGUCACGGUGGUCUGGCAUCUUUCGUCUUCAACGCGGGACCGCCGCAGAAUGCAGACGUCUUAAGUUAAAUAAGUGUCACUUAAGGCGAGCCUGCCUGCCCACCCGCGCCUAUUAUUUUUACAAUUCGUCUUUGGCGUUGCUAUUCCCAAAGCACCUUCAUAUAGUAUGGAGAUUAAGGUGACGUUUGUUUGGAUCUUUUUAAGGUCGCCCGCAUCUUCGAGUCGAGCGACGUGGAAGAUUAAUUCCACUUGAUAAGGAGUGAUCGUGAGAUGCCAAUUGAUUUUUAUUUUUUCCAACAUAUGUAUUGAUCAUUUUUUAAUCUAUUUUUUUUAUCUAUAUCUUUUAUUAUUUGUAGCUUUUUAUUGUAGCUUUAUUGUAGCUUUUUAAAGUAUUUAUGAUUGCAUGUGCAUAAAUCUAUAUUGUAAUCUGAAAUGUAAUUUGUAGAUAAAACUUAGAGUUAAGAAAAUACAACAAAAGAAUAUAAAAAUAUUUUUUUAGAAACACAAGUUGACAUGCUAACGUAAAAAAAAGAGAUAAGAAAAUUCAGUUUUAUGUUAGUUGUACACGGUCACUGACGCAACUCUACGUAACAAAAUUAAGUAAAAUUUAUUUUAUUACAAACAAUAAUGAUAAGGAGAAAUAAAAGUCUAUUUGUCUGUUCAUUUUACGGAAAACUAUCAUGUGGAUCAAUGCAAAAUGAAUAGUUACACAAUCGAGCGCAAUAGUAUCUCUUCAGUGAAACAUGACACGAAGAGCAUCAUGUCUAUAAUAACACCGCGCAAUAAAACGGCUCGUAAACUCGCGCGAGCAUCGAUUGGAGGCAGUUCUGGGCCCUUGCCGGACCUGGCGAGAAGACGCGUCGCUGAAUGAAAUCCGCGACACGCAAACUGCGAAUUGGAAAAUCGACAGAGCCCUUGAGUCUAGGCGCGUAACUAUAAGGGUGAGAGAAUGAAAGAGGUGGACCCUCCACCACCCAGCGUUGUUUCUCAACCCCCCCGCUAUCUCCCUCCCCCUCCUCCUCCCAUAUGGUAGCCACAUGUAGGUUCUGGGCACCACCAGAGGGGGAAAAGUCAUCGCGGGGAUCCAGCUGAUGGUCGACGCGUUGGUCGGGCUUCCUCAGUUACUGUUGGACCGCACGCUGGCCUGGUCUACGCGUCUCGCUGGAUAAAUCCGGCGGCCGAUAUAAAUUUUCCGGAAGAACGGAAACUCUCAGGGGCUGCAGCGCAGCACGGCGACCUUGACCGUAGGAUCGCGAGGUCACGCGGAAGAACCGGCGGAAACUGAACGCGAAGAUGAUACCGGAUACCGAGGCUGCAUGUCAGACUUCCGAAGCUGCGGUCGACAGCGGCGGCGACGUAUACGAAAAGAUUAAGGACCGGCCGGAAAAGGAAGUGGCGUCGGUGACCGCUUGGAACCGAUACCAGCGACUGGUGGCGGCGAUAGAGUCCCGGGGUGGCGAAUUCAACCGGAAGUCCGUGAUCGAGGCGAUCUUCCGCGGUAGCGAUCUCAUCUACGUCACGCAUUGAUCGGCGGAUCGAUCGCACGCGAGUGGCGAAUCUCUCGCGCGUUCCUUUACCAAAGUACCAGCUAGUAUCAAAUCUCGCAGUGGCGUAGAAUUCGCGAGUCGUAGUACUCUUUGAAUACGGACUUACAUGCCAGUAUCUAGCAAAAUUUUUGAAAGUACAGAUAAUAUUUAUAUUAUUUCUUUGUAGGAUGAAAUAACAAUGUACAAUAUUAUUAUUAUGUGAAUUUCUAUGUGAAAAUUAAUUAGAGAUGUGCGAAUUACGGUUUUUUUCACGCCGAAUUGUACCGAAUUUAAUCAUUGAAACAAAAGUUUCAAUAACAACUUAAUUAUUCAUUAAUAAGUUUGGUAAUUAUACGUGAUUAACA